UAAACAACUGAAUUUGCAGUGUAUUCAAUGUCAUUUCAGUCAGGCUUUAUUUCGCUUUAGAGUAUUACAGAGAUGGGUGGAGGUCAGGCAGAGAUGGCAGUGGGUGGAGGUCAGGCAGAGAUGACAGUGGGUGGAGGUCAAGCAGCGAUGACAGUGGGAGGAGGUCAGGCAGAGAUGACAGUGGGAGGAGGUCAGGCAGAGAUGACAGUGGGAGGAGGUCAGGCAGUGAUAACAGUGGGAGGAGGUCAGGCAGAGAUGACAGUGGGAGGAGGUCAGGCAGAGAUGACAGUGGGAGGAGGUCAGGCAGAGAUGACAGUGGGAGGAGGUCAGGCAGAGAUGACAGUGGGAGGAUGUCAGGCAGCGAUGGCAGUGGGAGGAGGUCAGGCAGAGAUGACAGUGGGAGGAGGUCAGGCAGAGAUGACAGUGGGUGGAGGUCAGGCAGAGAUGACAGUGGGAGGAGGUCAGGCAGCGAUGGCAGUGGGAGGAGGUCAGGCAGAGAUGGCAGUGGGUGGAGGUCAGGCAGAGAUGACAGUGGGUGGAGGUCAGGCAGAGAUGACAGUGGGUGGAGGUCAAGCAGAGAUGGCAGUGGAUGGAGGUCAAGCAGAGAUGACAGUGGGUGGAGGUCAAGCAGAGAUGGCAGUGGGUGGAGGUCAAGCAGAGAUGACAGUGGGUGGAGGUCAAGCAGAGAUGGCAGUGGGUGGAGGUCAAGCAGAGAUGACAGUGGGUGGAGGUCAAGCAGAGAUGGCAGUGGGUGGAGGUCAAGCAGAGAUGACAGUGGGAGGAGGUCAGGCAGAGAUGACAGUGGGUGGAGGUCAGGCAGAGAUGACAGUGGGUGGAGGUCAGGCAGAGAUGACAGUGGGUGGAGGUCAGGCAGAGAUGACAGUGGGAGGAGGUCAGGCAGCGAUGGCAGUGGGAGGAGGUCAGGCAGAGAUGGCAGUGGGAGUAGGUCAGGCAGAGAUGACAGUGGGUGGAGGUCAAGCAGAGAUGGCAGUGGGUGGAGAUCAAGCAGAGAUGACAGUGGGUGGAGGUCAAGCAGAGAUGGCAGUGGGUGGAGAUCAAGCAGAGAUGACAGUGGUUGGAGGUCAAGCAGAGAUGGCAGUGGGUGGAGGUCAGGCAGAGAUGACAGUGUGGAGGUCAGGCAGAGAUGACAGUGGGUGGAGGUCAAGCAGAGAUGGCAGUGGAUGGAGGUCAAGCAGAGAUGACAGUGGGUGGAGGUCAAGCAGAGAUGGCAGUGGGUGGAGGUCAAGCAGAGAUGACAGUGGGUGGAGGUCAAGCAGAGAUGACAGUGGGUGGAGGUCAAGCAGAGAUGGCAGUGGGUGGAGGUCAAGCAGAGAUGACAGUGGGAGGAGGUCAGGCAGAGAUGACAGUGGGUGGAGGUCAGGCAGCGAUGGCAGUGGGAGGAGGUCAGGCAGAGAUGGCAGUGGGAGUAGGUCAGGCAGAGAUGACAGUGGGUGGAGGUCAAGCAGAGAUGGCAGUGGGUGGAGAUCAAGCAGAGAUGACAGUGGGUGGAGGUCAAGCAGAGAUGGCAGUGGGUGGAGAUCAAGCAGAGAUGACAGUGGUUGGAGGUCAAGCAGAGAUGGCAGUGGGUGGAGGUCAGGCAGAGAUGACAGUGGGUGGAGGUCAGGCAGAGAUGACAGUGGGUGGAGGUCAAGCAGAGAUGGCAGUGGAUGGAGGUCAAGCAGAGAUGACAGUGGUUGGAGGUCAAGCAGAGAUGGCAGUGGGUGGAGAUCAAGCAGAGAUGACAGUGGGUGGAUGUCAAGCAGAGAUGGCAGUGGAUGGAGGUCAAGCAGAGAUGACAGUGGUUGGAGGUCAAGCAGAGAUGGCAGUGGGUGGAGGUCAAGCAGAGAUGACAGUGGGAGGAGGUCAGGCAGAGAUGACAGUGGGAGGAGGUCAGGCAGAGAUGGCAGUGGGAGGAGGUCAGGCAGAGAUGACAGUGGGAGGAGGUCAGGCAGAGAUGGCAGUGGGAGGAGGUCAGGCAGAGAUGACAGUAGGAGGGGGUCAGGCAGAGAUGACAGUGGGAGGAGGUCAGGCAGAGAUGACAGUGGGAGGAGGUCAGGCAGAUAUUAGGUAGAGGCAUCCGUCAACAGACUGUGGGAGGAGGUCAGGCAGAGAUGACAGUGGGAGGAGGUCAGGCAGAUAUUAGGUAGAGGCAUCCGUCAACAGACUGUGGGAGGAGGUCAGGCAGAUAUUAGGUAGAGGCAUCCGUCAACAGACUGUGGGA